UAUAAAAAUAGAAUAGUUAUAGUUGUGUUGAGUUCACACGUUACACGAUAAACCGUUGUCAGCAAACCGACCAAAUGGUUAGGUUGUGAAGGUUGCAUGGAAGCAGCGUGGAAGCAAGAAAAACAAAGAAGACAAGCAAACUAUUCAUCAAUAUAUGAAUAUAAAUAGAAGGUGAUCCAUCCCUUUAUGCAUGAACCAACCAGCCUUCCUCAACAUGUCUGUUAGACAACGUCGAUCCGACAAGCAAUCUACAGAAGCAGAUGACAACAUCGUCCUCUCUGGUGCUGUUGCAGAUGGAUCAUCAUUGAAGGUGACACAUGAAAUCAGUAGCUCCUCCUCUUCAUCUUCCUUAUCAACACGGGCACUGUCUGGAGCACUGACAGGGACAGCCAACUUGGCAAAACUGCUUCCAUCUGGAACCCUCUUGGCCUUCCAGAUUCUGAUUCCGGUGUUCACAAAAAACGGAGCUUGUGACUCCGUCACACGCAUCCUCACACUCGUGCUCCUCCUCUUGCUAGCCUUCUCUUGCAUCCUCGCAUGUUUCACUGACACAGUCACGUCAUCAGACGGAAGAAGAAUAUACCAUGGCAUAGCAACCUUCAAGGGUCUGUGGCUAUUUGACUACUCACCGGUUGUUGGGGAAACCUUACCGGAUUUGACACAGUAUAAGAUUAGCAUCAUGGACUUUGUUCAUGCCUUUUUAUCUGUACUUUUGUUCUUUGCAGUUGCAUUGAGUGACAAGAAUGUGUUAACAUGUUAUUACCCGAAGCCAGGAGAUGAAACAAAGGAGGUUCUGGAUAUUGUUCCUCUUGGAAUUGGAACUCUAUGCAGUUUGUUAUUUAUUGUAUUUCCAACCACCAGGCAUGGAAUUGGCUACCCUCUUAUACCUGCACCCAAAUAGUUUCUAUAUUCUUCAUGGACAUUCACUGUUUUUCUAUUCCUCUUUUAUUUUGUUCAUUAAUUGAAUUGAAGUUUGGUUUGUUUAUUCCUGCACGAUACUACUCUCUUCUAUCAUUUGAAGUUAUGGAGUAUUAUAUAAUGUUAUCCAAUCAAUUGGAUUGAAGUUUGGUUUGUUUA